UUCUCUGGGGCGCAGCCACUGGUCUCUGUCAGUUCCUAAGCUGAGCUGGGCUCCGCGGCUGCCCGAGCGCAUUGCCCGGCGCUGGAAAGAAACUUUGCCCGAGCCGGCCGAGAGAAGGGAAAGUGCAGCGGGCAGCGCCAGGCUCAGGCAAAGCCUCCACACCAGGGAUUCUGCCGCAGACACUCACUCUACACCUGGAAGACAUGGAGGAAAGGCCGGCAGACAAUAAUGCCGGUGUUGACAACUCAGCAUCUCCAUCUGUGGCGCAGCUGGCUGGCCGAUUCAGAGAGCAGGCAGCAGCUGUCUCAGCUAAAGAGCCACCAGCCAAUAAACCAACAAGAAGGAAACCACCUUGCUCCCUUUCCCUGUUCCCCCCCAAGAUAGAGAUGAGCCAGAAUGGUGAGGAGAAACCAUCACCGAAUGCAUGUCACCCUCCCAAAAUCAAGGUGAAAAACUCCCCUUUGAUUGAGAAGCUACAGGCCAAUUUAGCCUUUGAUCCUGCUGCCCUGUUGCCAGGAGCUUCACCUAAAAGUCCGGGAUUAAAGGCCAUUGUGUCUCCAUUUAAUAGCCCACCUUCCACCCCCAACAGUCCAGGUGUUAGAUCUCGGUCCUCUGAAUCAGAGGAGUUGCCAGUCAGUUUUGAUCAACCCCCUGAAGGCAGCCAUCUACCUUGUUACAAUAAGGUGCGGACACGGGGGUCAAUAAAGAGGAGACCUCCCUCCAGGAGAUUCAGACGGUCUCAAUCAGAUUGUGGGGUAGAUCUGGGAGAUUUGGGGGCAGCUGAGUCAUCUCAGGAGAAUGGUGCCAAGGAAGAGGUCAAUGAUGAAGUCUUCACAUCCAAGAACAAAACUUUGGUAUCUCCCCUCUCUGGUAACCGGGCAAUGGGAAGAGAAUUGAGGAGAAAGCUUGAGUCUGAUGAAAAACCUCUGCUGAGGAGGUCAUGUAGUAUGAUAGAGAACCCAGAGGAAAGGAGCAGAGACUUGGAUGAAGUCACAUCAUGUAGGAAUGCUGUGAAAAAUAAAGAAGAGAAACAACAGAAUGCAGUAGAAGUUGAUGAAGAAGAACCAUGUCAGAAAGCCAUGAAUAAUAAAGAAGAAACAAAUGAGAGCCCAAAGGUAGAUGAAAAGGAGAUAGCUUCACAUGAUUCUGGAGGGGAUAGGAAGGAAAAGACAACUGAAGAUCCUACUUUAGAAAAGGAGGAAAAUUCUAAGAAAACCACAGAAGAUGAAGAGGAGAAACCUGAACAGAAGAACACAGGGGCUAAAGAUGGGGAACUGCAACAGAGUAUUGCCACAGGGACAAACGAGGAGAAGCCCUCAAAUAGCCCAGAAGAGAAGGAAGGAGAUAAUACCACUGAGGCAGAAAAAGACAAAGAAGAGAAUGAACAAAAAGAAGGUGUUUCUAAGAACACAGAUAACCAAGAAAUAAUACACAACCAAGAAUGCCAUUCUGGAACAGGUCAUUCUCAGCCAGCAACAGAUUCUGAAAUCACUACUAAUGAAGCCCCAGCUAUGCAAUCAAGUUGCGAUGUGGAGGAAACAAAAAUGUAAAAAAGAAUUCUGUUGUCCACUCUUGAUGAAGUUCUCUGGAAGUAGCAGCAAAAGUACUUGCAGAGAAUGAAGAAACUCCAUUAGGUCCUCAUGGGAGAAUCAGGCAUGCCAAAGACUUAGAAUCAGUCUGAUAUCAGAGGGGAUCACUGUAGCCUCAUGGCUGCUAGCCUAUAAAGUUGUUUAAGGGAGUGGGAAGAGAGGAUCACAGUGCAAAUGGCUUUUCACCAAUAGAAAUUUGGUGCAGGAAGUUCAUUGACACAUUUUAUAGAAGAAACUUAUUCAAAACUUCUCAUCAUCAAACCUGGAGUCAACUCAGGGUCUGACUUUCAGGGGACAACCCCCUCCCCAAGCAACUGAGCCCUGAACAGACACUUUUUCUUAAACCAUUUCUUGAUGUGGUCCAUCCGACACAGCCAUGUCUCAGUUGUAAUUCUCUGAAAUUCUCAUGGUUUUCAUGUGAAAGUAAAAACAAAUUUGGGGACGGAUGGAUUUAGAAUACAGGAAAAAAGGAUGUUUUGGUGUGAAUAAUGUGAAUCCUUCUAAAUCAUAUAAGAUAUAAUCUUUCUUUAAAAAAAAAAUCAGAGCUUUUGAGACACUUUCAGCUCAUCCUGUUUUGAGAUGGCCUACCAGUUUUUCAAGGACUAAACUAAAUGAGCUAAGUGUUGAAAUAUUUGUUUCAAUCUUUACUAUACUUAGUCCAUGCACCCGAGCUUGCUUUCUCUUUUGGAAAUGGUCUUCCUAACUUAUGACUGCCAUGGCAACCUAAGUACACCCCUUUUCUGCCAUGUUCUGAGGUUGGAGGCUCUCCAAUGGAAAAGCAGGAUGUUCUCAGUCCAGAUGGGAAAUUGGAAAGUGUGGACUUUAUUUUUGACUCCUCUUCUUCUUCCCUCCCUUCCCUUCCCCCAGUUUACUCUAUGGCCGUGUCAAACACUUUGUUGCUUUAUUUCCUCAUCCAUAAAGUUAAAACAAAAUCUAUAUGACAUCUUAAGGUGAGAAUAAAUGUUGCUGCUCCAGAGAAUAAUUCUUAAUGAAAAGAUCUGUUAGGCUCCAUUAAAUAUUGCCAAGUAGAUGCUUUGUGGUCUUCAAUAUACAUGUAUUAGUGAAAGUAAUCAUUCCUAUUAGCUAUUGGAAGACACAAUUUCAAAUUGAGCUUCUUCUUGAGCAGCAAUUUAGGGAUCUCCUUCAACAAGGUAUAUCUUUACAUUAACAGGAGAGACUGACUCUUUACCUCAAAUUCUCUCCCUUACAUACCAGGGCUAAAGGACAUUGGCCAGAAGAAAGCUGCACUUUGCAGGACAGCUCCUGGAUCUGACUUGCGUUUUGGGGCCUCCCAAAGUGCUAAUUCAGUGGGAUCGCGGCUCUGUGGGAGUCACACUGGAAAUCUUUGGAUAUUGGAAAAAGACCUUCCAGCCUGAAGGGUCUGGGGUUGCCUCUUUACAUUUUCUUUUCUUCAUCACACUUCUCUCUGAUUCCUGGAAAGAGGAAUGGGGGCUAACAUUAUUUUUUAAAAUAACCUUAUUCAAAAAGCAGUGGCUCAUCUAGGACAUGUUCUGGGGUGUGCAUAACUGUAUUACUACAAAUGCACACGUGUUUAAAAGUUCAGACACAUAUGCAUAUGUAUGAGUGUGUGUGAUGAAAGGAAAGGAUUUAUUUUAUUCCUUUCCCUAGAAUGAAAUGGAAGGAAAAGAGAAGAAAAAUAAAAAGAUAAAAAGAAAA